GUUGGAAGACAAAAGUCACGGAAGUACGAAAGUACAAAAUUGGACUCUAUCCUAUCCUCACAAAUUUGCAUUGAGAUUACAAUAAAACGAGUGGUGUUGCUCUGUUCUGUUCUUCCCACUUCUACUCCAAAAAAUCCUAACUUUUCGCAUUAUCUUCGGUUUUGCGUUUCGAUUUUUUGUCUGAAAAUCCCAAUUCGACACUCUGUUUCUGCCCACAAAACUAUCUUCCAUGAAAAAUCGAAACUUUGUCUACAAAUAAUGACUCCGUUAUCCUCUGAACUCGUUGGUUUCACUAUCCCUUUCUACUCCAAAACUCAGAAACCCUAUUCAAAUUCUUCUCACGGACUCCUACUAUCUCACAAUCGAAGCUCCCUCUUAACCUUCUCAAACUCUAACCCUAACAACGACAAUGGUAGAUCCUUUUCAUCUUCAGGAGCAAGAAACCUUCAAACCACUACCACAACAGACGCAACACUCCCCACAGAACGAAGACAACAACAUUCACAAUCUCUCGGAUUUAGAGAUACACAGAUGCUCAAAAUCUUCCAUCGAUCAUGCCGUUCAGGGAAUUACAUCGAAUCUCUACACUUACUCGAGACCAUGGUACGCAAAGGUUACAAUCCUGAUGUGAUACUCUGCACUAAGCUCAUUAAAGGGUUCUUCACUCUAAGAAACAUCCCUAAAGCUGUUAGGGUUAUGGAGAUUCUCGAGAAAUUCGGACAGCCUGAUGUGUUUGCUUACAACGCUCUGAUUAAUGGGUUUUGUAAGAUGAAUCGAAUCGAUGAUGCUACGAGAGUUCUUGAUAGGAUGAGAAGUAAAGAUUUUUCACCAGAUACCGUGACUUACAACAUAAUGAUUGGUAGUUUGUGUAGUAGAGGUAAACUUGAUCUUGCUUUGAAGGUUUUAAAUCAGUUGUUAAGUGAUAAUUGCCAACCUACUGUCAUUACUUACACGAUUUUGAUCGAAGCUACGAUGCUCGAAGGCGGAGUUGAUGAAGCGUUGAAGCUUAUGGAUGAGAUGUUGUCUAGAGGGUUAAAACCUGAUAUGUUUACUUAUAACACAAUCAUUAGAGGAAUGUGUAAAGAAGGGAUGGUGGACCGCGCGUUUGAGAUGGUUCGGAAUUUGGAAUUGAAAGGUUGUGAGCCUGAUGUGAUCUCUUAUAACAUCUUGCUUCGUGCUCUUUUGAAUCAAGGGAAAUGGGAAGAAGGUGAGAAGCUAAUGACUAAGAUGUUUUCAGAGAAGUGUGAUCCUAAUGUUGUGACUUAUAGCAUUUUGAUUACUACUCUAUGUCGCGAUGGAAAGAUCGAAGAAGCGAUGAAUCUUCUUAAGCUUAUGAAGGAAAAAGGGUUAACUCCUGAUGCUUAUAGCUAUGAUCCUUUGAUAGCUGCGUUUUGUAGAGAAGGUAGGUUAGAUGUUGCUAUUGAGUUCUUGGAAACUAUGAUCUCUGACGGAUGUUUACCGGACAUAGUUAACUACAACACGGUUUUAGCUACGUUGUGUAAGAACGGGAAAGCAGACCAAGCGUUGGAGAUUUUUGGGAAACUAGGAGAAGUUGGCUGCUCACCGAACUCUAGUUCUUACAACACGAUGUUUAGCGCGUUAUGGAGCAGUGGAGAUAAAAUCAGAGCGUUACAUAUGAUAUUAGAGAUGAUGAGUAACGGGAUAGAUCCUGAUGAGAUCACAUAUAACUCGAUGAUAUCGUGUCUGUGCAGAGAAGGAAUGGUAGAUGAAGCUUUUGAGUUAUUGGUUGAUAUGAGGAGCUGUGAGUUUCAUCCAUCGGUUGUUACAUACAACAUUGUUCUUUUGGGAUUCUGCAAAGCUCAUAGGAUCGAGGACGCGAUCAAUGUUUUGGAAUCAAUGGUGGGAAAUGGAUGUAGGCCUAAUGAAACUACUUAUACUGUGCUCAUUGAAGGGAUUGGGUUUGCUGGAUAUAGAGCAGAAGCAAUGGAGUUAGCAAAUGAUUUGGUUCGCAUCGAUGCCAUUUCGGAGUACUCGUUCAAGAGGUUGCAUAGGACUUUCCCUUUACUUAAUGUUUUACAGAGAUCUUCUCAGACAUUUGGUUAUUAAGUGAAAGUCGAGAACCUAGAUAACUGAUCCAGGUUUUCAAGAAAGGGUGUUCUUAAAAUACGAUCACGUAGUUCUCAAGGUACCAAUGGAAAGUGUAAGGAAACCUCACCUGUGCAACACCAAGAUAUUGACAGUCCAUAGCUGCAACUGCUACCUGCUGCUCAUACUUGGUCCCGGAAGACGUUUUGCCCUCUAGUUUUAUAUACCAAACAUAAUGUGCAAGCAGCUCUUUCAUUGUGUUUCUACGAUUCGUGUAAAGUUAAACACCUAUUAUCUAAGAUAAUUAGAACAAAUCGAACCAAAUUGGCAGAUGUAUUAGAUGUACAUACAAAAUCCAUAGAAAAGGGUUCUUCUUAUACUAAAAACAAUAUCUUCAAGUACAGAGAAUAGUCCAUAUUAAUCGGGCUUUUAAUGGGCCAGAUGAUAUAUCGAUGCGGCCUAAAUUAAUUUUAAAUUAAGAACAUA